AUGAACGUUCACGUGGAAGUUAUCUCCAAGGAGAUCAUCAAACCCUCUUCUCCAACCCCAAACCCUCUUCGCCAUUACAAGUUAUCUUUUCUUGAUCAACUAACUCCCCCAUCGUAUACCUCUUUGGUGUUUUUCUAUGAAUUUAAUGGCGAGACCCAACCCGCUAUUAAUGAAGUAUCAAAGAAACUUAAGAAGUCCUUAGCCAAGGUCUUAACCCUUUUCUACCCGCUAGCCGGACGAGUGAAAAUCGACGAUCAUUUUGUGGACUGCAAUGAUGAGGGAAUUGCCUACCUCGAGGCUCAAGUAACCAACUGCCGGCUUUGUGAUUUUCUCAACAAUCCGCUCCCUGAUGAACUCAAUAAAUUUAUCCCAUUUGCGCAAGAUGAGCAUAUUGCAAAUGAAAUUGCCCUCGGUGUCCAGCUCAAUAUGUUUGAAGGAGGCUUUGCCAUUGGUCUAUGCACUUCCCACAAGCUUGCUGAUUUGCUAUGCAUGCUCAUGUUCACCAAAACUUGGGCCGCCAUUGCCCGUGAUGAAGUCGAAAUACAGCGUCCCCAAUUGUUUCCGCCACACUCUUCCCACCCAAGGGGAUCACCAGCUAUAAUUGGGGCGCUGGUAUCGCGACGAAGAAAGUAA